GCAGAGGUUGAACUGCAACUGCAUCAAUGCUUUCUGCUUCCCACCUCGAAGCCUGGAAUCAUAAUUGAGGCCUACCCUGCCUCUGACAUCUUCUUGGACUGAUCCGUGCUCAGCCACUCGGGACAUACGCAACCCUCGCUAUGGCUCCCACAGGUUACGACUCUACCAUGCAGCGCGUGCUGGAAAUACCGGAGAUCGUAGAACUUAUCCUGAGGUACUUGGACCCGAAAGACAACAUCAACAACGCGUGCGUCUGCAGACGGUGGUCUGACAUUGCACUGGACUGCGUGUGGAGGAGCGUCGACGACAUCACUCAAUUGCUGCGGCUCCUUGCGCCCCUGGAUGCGCCAUUAGCCACCCCGCCACUCCGAUAUUGCACAUUCACGCGAAUACUCAAUGCAGAAGACUGGCGACGGUUCGAGCGAUACGCUCGUCGGGUGCGGAGGCUGUCCUAUGUCAGGGAUCCGAAAGACCUGAUGUCGCCAUACCUUGGUGCCCGUGUCCUCGACGAGAUCGCCCGGUCCCGGACAUCCAUCAACAUCCUGCCAAUUCUCACGUCUCUCGAGUGGCACAGCGACGAGACCCGACACUCCGUUGUCUUCAUGAGCCAAAGCGUCAGGCGCUUCUCGGUAUAUCUGCACAAGUGCACGCACUACUCCCUUGGCGAUCACUUCAAAGACAUCUCCGCCCGGAUGCCAUCCCUGACGUACCUGGACUUCGCGUUCAGCUUCCCCGUGCGCACGAUCGAGGCGGACCUUGUCACGCUCAUUGGCGAGCUCUCGCACUUGAAGCAGCUGACGCUUCCCUCGUACUGCUUCACAUCCAAGAUCGUGGAGGCGUUGUCCGUGCUGCCCAGCCUCGGCACAAUACAAUUCGAGUUCAACGAGAGACAAGGAAGAGGCGAUCCCGCUGACAUCGCCGUCUUUGCACCGACGUUGCGCGAGGGAUCGUUCCCAGCCCUGUGGGAUGUCAACCUCAGCACACAUCUCCCUGACAUGACGCGGUUCGUGUCGGGCCCUCACGCACCGUCGCAUCUCACCUCCUUAUACGUUCAUCUCCCCUGGGUGGUACCUCCGUCCACCAUCACCGAGUACCUGACUGCUGUGGGCGAGAACUGCAAGUUGCUGAAGAUGCUGUAUAUCGACCUCUUUGUCCCGCCGCCGCCCGAGGGGGUGUCGUCGCAGCCAGUCUACGCGGAGCCACUGGCAUGGGCGGAUCUCAGACCUCUGCUUUCUUGCAAGCGCCUCCGAGUCUUCGAACUGAGCUGGGCGUCCUCGAUCGUGAUGACGCAGGAAGACGUCGAGGAAAUAGCCUCCAGCUGGCCGUCCCUCCAGAACUUCCAGCUCAACUGCAUGCCCAUCCCGGUCCCGACGAACCCGCUGCCCGCGCCCACACUCAGCCUGCACGCGCUGCUCCCCUUCGCGACACACUGCCCUGACCUCGAGGAGCUCAGUCUCGACGUCGACGCGACCGCGGCGGGGCUCGCGUUCACCGCGCACGACGCGCCGGCGCCGUUCCGCAAGCUCGCGCGGCUGGGCUUCGGGCUGUCGCCGAUCGCGGAGUCGGGCCCCGUCGCGCUGUUCCUCAGCCAGAUCUGCCCGCUCGGGUGCGAGGUCCGGCAGGGCGCGCGUGUGCCGGACGGGUUCAACGUCGUCUUCCCCGACUGGACGUACGAGCUGCUCGAGCUAUGGGCGGAGGUCGGGAGGGUGCUCCCGCUCCUGGUUCGCCUCAGGAUGCAGGAGCGCGCGCGGAGGACGGAGCUCGAGAGGGAGGUGGAGGAUCUGAGGAUGCGGUGUAGGGUGUUGGAGGAGCGCGGCACGUUGCCGGAGGGUGCUCUCAACGCGGAUGGCUCGUGUCUGGUACUGUGAGGGCGCGAGGGAUGGGUGUCCUAUGAUCAUUGAUGCUUUCGUGCUAUUCUCUUGGC